GCUUCACAGGGGACAACGUUUGAUUGGAAUGUUGUAACAUAAAGAUGAAAUGCUGUGAAUGCGAUUGCUGUGUCAGCCAUUUAGUGCUCGAGGCUUGAGUGAUGCUGUGAGAGUAGACCUCGGUGAUCUUCGGGAGAAAAGCGGCUUGUACGUGCGGAUCUAAGGAGGGAUGAAUGAUACAAGGAAAGACGUCAGGUAUAAAGUCAGUCACUCUCUCUACACUUCCCGACAACCAGCCAUUAUACGACAACAAAAGAUGCAUAAGAUUUUUUUCAACGUAGCAGCUAUCCUUCCUCUGUUGGUGGUCUUGGUGCAAGCAUCAUCAAAAGUGAAAAAUGAGAAAUAUCCCACGCAAGCAGAGUUGCGCAAACAAAAACCCAUGACUAAAAAGCUACCAGAAAGUGAAUGCAAUAAAAUUUCAUGUAAUCCAAAUGCGAUACCUACAGGUUGUCCUGUGAGUACAAAGGGAAUCUCUCUAGAUGCAAAUCCUCGGCUAACGGUUGAACCUGUGCAUUUGCGUACCUCAUUCACUCUUGGCAGGCUGGAUGUGGAUUUUGUGCAAAUAUCUUCAACGAGAAGGAAUUUGUCUGUAUGGUAGAUAAUUCAUCCUAGAUUCAAUUUUGUUAACGGUGAUUGUUUAUUUGCAGCACAUCAAAGCGAUGUUCUCUCAGCUACACUUUGUAAAUAAUUGUCUGCACAGCUCUAUUUUACAAUAUAUACCGUGAU